AUGGCCGACAACAUGGAAUUAAUCAAUAGCCUCACUGCUGAGCAAGCACGUGCAAUUCUCCUCUACCUGUCUAAUAAUCCUUCAGUCGCAGGCAAAGUGAGCAAUUUUGCAAAGGAGAUGAGAGCGCAUACUAGCCUCACGGCAAUAUGCGUGCAAUGUGACUCGGCAUUCGACCCAAGCAGUACCUCUAUCAAUUGCUUUUACCAUAGUGGCGAGCUAGAAGUCGACUAUGAUGGGGAUUUUUGGGCCGACCAUGACGAGAAAUGUCAUGGAACUAUUGAUACUGAUGAGAUGCGCGAGCAGUUUCCGGAGGGAUUUGAAUGGACUUGCUGCAAUUUAAGUGGAGAGUCACAGGGUUGUCGGUCGGGCAGACAUCAGGCAGACCCAAGCAAGUCAAAAAAAGGGUUGGAUGUCGAAUCGGAGCUGGAUGACGAAAUUAAAUCAGAGCUAAAUGACGAUGAGGAGAGCGAUGAAGAUAGAGACGAAGAAGAAACCGAUGAUAAAACCCACGAAGGUAACAGAGAUAACGGGGAUGAGAGCGAAUAUUUGCGGUAUAAUAAAAGGCAGAAGCGCGAAAUUUAA